GCAGCCACGCUGAGCUGUCCUCGGCGGCGGGGGCGGCGGCUCCAAUGCCCCUGGGCGGCCAUGGGCGCCCCGCACUGGUGGGACCAGCUGCGGGCUGGCAGCUCGGAAGUGGACUGGUGCGAGGACAACUACACCAUCGUGCCGGCCAUCGCCGAGUUCUACAACACGAUCAGCAACGUCUUGUUUUUCAUUUUACCUCCUAUCUGUAUGUGCUUGUUUCGUCAAUAUGCAACGUGCUUCAACAGUGGCAUCUACUUGAUAUGGACUCUCUUAGUUGUAGUGGGAAUUGGAUCCGUCUACUUCCAUGCAACCCUUAGUUUCUUGGGUCAGAUGCUUGAUGAACUUGCAAUACUUUGGGUUCUGAUGUGUGCUCUGGCCAUGUGGUUCCCCAGAAGGUAUCUACCAAAGAUCUUUCGGAAUGACAGGGGCAGGUUCAAGGCAGUGGUCUGCGUCCUGUCUGCAGUUACAACAUGCCUGGCAUUUGUCAAGCCUGCCAUCAACAACAUAUCUCUGAUGACCCUGGGGGUUCCCUGCACUGCACUACUCAUUGCAGAACUAAAGAGGUGUGACAACGUCCGGGUGUUUAAGCUGGGCCUCUUCUCAGGCCUCUGGUGGAUGCUUGCUUUGUGCUGCUGGAUCAGUGACCGAGCCUUCUGUGAACUGUUAUCGUCCUUCCACUUUCCCUACCUGCACUGCGUGUGGCACAUCCUCAUCUGCCUCGCCGCCUACCUGGGCUGUGUGUGCUUUGCCUACUUCGAUGCUGCCUCAGAGAUCCCUGAGCAAGGCCCGGUGAUCAAGUUCUGGCCCAGUGAGAAAUGGGCCUUCAUCGGUGUUCCCUAUGUGUCGCUCCUGUGCGCCCACAAGAAGUCGCCAGUCAAGAUCACGUGACGGCAAGGCAGAGUGGCUGGCCUCUCUGCUUCCUUUCCUUCAUGCACUGGGCUUCAUUUGCUAGCAAAGACAGCCAAGGGUGUUGGGUGUGUCUUUCUAAAAGUUCUGUUCCUUUGGCCUCUAACUAGUGUCUGCGGACUGCCAGGAUUCCACUUAGCCUGGAGAAGUGUGUGAAAGUAGAUGAUUGGGGAUAUGAGAUGUACCUUUCCCAGCAUCACUUGCAGGUGCAUCAGCUUGCUGGGCUGGGGCAGAAUAGUCUCUUCGGGCUCCUGAGCAGCCUAUUGGCCUCUUCCUGGAGAAGGUUGGCCCACCCCAGAUGCCAUUCCCACACUCUUUUGAAGUGGAUGCUACCCUGAUAGAUAAGGACCCCUUCUCCCCCUGCCUGUCACGGCUGGAAGGUGCCAGAGACUUCCACUUGGGGAAAUACUCUUUAAACCAAACCAAACCCCCACAGGACUUGGCUCAGGAGCCUGUUUUCACUUGCCCUUGCCAUUAGUCAGGUUUUCUGUACAUUUGUGAAUCCUUUUUACUACUACCUACCUCUGCUGAGAGAUGGAGAGAGAGGCUAAUGAGCAAAACCUUCUACACCAAAAUCACACUCCACUUUAAGCCGUUCUUGAAGAGGGGCACAACUUCUCAAUGCUGACAUCCUUUCUACCCUACUCUCCAACCAGCUCAGUAGCCUCAAAUCCACAGACUAGCUAUGGUGCGAAGAUGCUCUAUGCCAUCCCCUCCUCCCUCCUCACCUCGUGACCCCCUAGGUAAGAUUACAAAAGAGCUCUUUUCAGUCACGGUAGGGGGCGCUGGUUUAAACUUCGGAGCAUAUAGGCAGUUUUAUUUUAUUUUGAACUUUUCCUCUCUUGAGGCUGCCAGUAUGCCACACCAUUCUGCAAAUUACCUCCAAGAACCUCACUUCUUACUUUUCCACCUUUCCUGUGGGAAUUCUCUCCACAUUCCCACAAUGCCAGGUGCUUCUGGUUGUUUUCUAGAGCAUCUGACUUGCUUGCUUUUCUCAGAUGCUGGUGGUCACAAUACACUGGCUGGCUGGUUGUGCUCAUGGAUACAGCAGGGCCAGUCUGUGACCUUCUGGGGUUUUCUCAUCUAGCCUGAUGCUGGCUACAGUGAGUCUCCUCACUCAGCUGCAUGGUAGGCUCUGGCAUAGUCAUCAGGUCUAGGGUGGGACCUCGGGC